AUAUACUGUCUACUCAACACAACAAUCUAGCGCUGCAUACCAUCGUCUGUUCCUUCGCUACGCAUUCUUUCUAGUAAUUCAUCAUGGACACCAUCACUUCCGCCCACGGCCUGGUGCCGCUCAGCACAGUCGCGACCAACGACCAAGUAGAGCUCGACUCCUUGCCGUUGGAACUCCAGCUGGAGUUGAAACGACUCAAAGACGAUUUUACCGUUGAUUCCAAGCGACUCAAACACAUUGUAAGCCAGUUUCAGGAGGAGCUGCAAGCAGGACUGGACAAAUAUGGCUCCAACAUUUCCAUGAACGCCACCUGGGUGCUAGGCUUCCCCUCCGGCACCGAGCGCGGCAAAUUCCUCGUCGUCGACCUAGGCGGCACCAACAUCCGCGUCUGCUGGAUCGAGCUGCGCGGGCGCGAAGAAGAACUGCUCAUCACGCAAGACGAGUUCCGACUGCCCGACGAGCUGAAGACCGGCGAGGCGCAGCCCUUGUGGGACUUCAUCGCCGACUCGCUCGAGACGUUCAUCGCGAAGCAUGACUUGGGGGGGUCGGAGGAGGAGCCGCUGCAGCUGGGCUUUACCUUUUCGUACCCGUGUCAUCAGGAGUAUAUUGAUCAUGGGAAGCUGGUGACGUGGACGAAGGGAUUUGAGAUCAAGGGGGUAGAGGGGGAGGAUGCUGUGGGGCAGUUGCGAGAGGCGAUGGCGAAGAGGAAUCUGCCCAUCCGCCUCGUAGCCCUGAUAAACGAUACCACAGGCGCCAUGAUCGCCUCCUCCUACACCGACCCCCAGACCAUCAUCGGCGCCAUUUUCGGUACAGGCUGCAACGGCGCGUAUAUGGAGAACGUCGGCUCGAUCGGCAAACUCGACACACAGCUACCGCAAGACACGCCGAUGGCGAUCAACUGCGAAUACGGCGCCUUCGACAACGCCCACACGGCCCUCCCCCGCACCUCCUACGACGUCACGGUCGACGAAGAAUCGCCCAAACCAGGCGAGCAGGCCUUCGAAAAGAUGAGCGCAGGCCUCUACCUAGGCGAGAUCUUCCGACUCAUCCUACUCGAGCUGCACGGCAAGGGAAUCAUGUUCAAGGGACAGGACGUCUCCAAGCUCCGCGAGCCGUACCUGCUCGACACAGGCUUCCUAUCAGGCGUAGAGCACAACGCCAACCCAGGCAUGCUCUUCGACUCGCCGACGCGCGACGCCUUCAAGCAGAAACUCAACCUCGACAUUUCGGACAAGGAAAUCGUCUUCGUGCGCCGCACCGCGCAGCUCAUUUCCAUUCGCGGCGCGAGGCUGUGCUCCUGCGGUAUUGCGGCCAUUUGCAAGAAAAAGGGCAUCACGUCCGGGCACGUAGCGGCGGACGGCAGCGUGGCGAACAAGCAUCCCGAGUUCAAGAGGCGGUGGGCGAAGGCGAUGGCCGAGGUGUUGGAUUGGCCGGGGGAUCGGAAGGAGGAUCCGAUUACGAUUACGAGUGCGGAAGAUGGGUCGGGGAUUGGGGCGGCGGUGAUUGUGGCUAUGACGCUGAAGAGGGCAAAGGAGGGCAAUUUGGCGGGAAUUCGGGAGAAGUGAGGGUGGUGAGUGCAUGGGCGGUGCAGCACUACAGGUCAUCAUGAUAAUAUUUCGAGGACCAAGAGGUUCAUUUCACCAC